AUGGCGAAAGGUCUUUUGGUCUAUCUCCUCUUCAACAUUCUGGCUUUAUCUGCCAGAUACACACUUGUGGAAGCUGUUUGUGAUCAACCUGACGACAAACAAUAUGAUCUUCGUCCGGAUCCAAGUGACUGCAAAAAUUAUUUUGAAUGUGGAAGGGCACCAGGAAGUUAUACCGAAAAGAAAUGCCCCCAUGGGACGGGAUUCAAUGAAGAUUCUCAAACUUGCAUGUGGAGGACUAGCACUGCCGCCAGUGUAUGUUUUGGAACACCUACUACCCCCAGCAAUUGCAACCCCGCUCCUUUCCCCGAUGCAGUAUAUGACAAAAUGAGGGACCAGUGUGUGCUGAAGUGGACUCUCGUUAUGACAUCAGAAACAAUGCCAGAUUGUAGCGAACAAGAUGCUACAGGAAAUUAUGUAUACAAAGAUGAAUUUAUCGCGGACCCAACAAACUGCGCUGGUUAUUAUCUAUGCAAAGAUGGCGUCAGGUUAAAGGGUUCAUGCGAUGCAAAACUUUUUAACUUUGACCCAUUAAAUCAAUAUUGCGUCCGCAAGGAAAAUUUGCCGUGCUCAGUCAAUAGCGUUUUCUCAAAUGCAGUCUGCGAAGGAGAAAAAUCUGGAACAUUUGUUGCGGAUCCAAAUAUCUGCACAGCUUACUUCCGUUGCACUGGCAACGAUGCAGGGCGUCAAGAAUUCUGCGACAAAGGACUUUACUUCAGCGAAGGCAGUUGUGUCUCAAAACGGCCAAGCAGAUGCAGUUGUGAAGAUGCGAAAGAAAAUAGUAAAGGCGAAUACGCUCAUGAGGAUCCAACUAAAUUUUGGAUAUGCGACAACGGUAUGCGAACAGAAAUGUCAUGCCCUAAAGGGACAAAAUGGAGUCAGGCAGAUAAAAGUUGCCUUAUGUGAUGAGAAAGCAGAACUCUCGUCGCUUAAAUUGAAAAUUUAAUUUGUAUUCAAAAUUUCAUUCUGAUAAUAAAGUUUUUUGAAGUCUU